GAUCAAACCAUGUUUUGCCGUAUUUAAAAGUUGAAGUCAAUUUCCACUACAGCUAUCUACACGCGCUCUUCCAAGUUCAGUUUACUAAAAAGGUGAAUAUUUGCUAAAUCUGGUUAUUUUUAAAGACGUUGCUUGUUUUACUUUUAAAAAAAUGGUUUAUUGCCAAGAGAAAGGCAAAGUUUAAGAGCUAUCAUUAUUUAAACGUUCCUAGCUAGUGAGCUGGCCAUGCCACAUGUUAUUAGCUAGUAUCAGGAAAAUAAACGUACAAAUUAGAAACGCAAACUGUAGGCAGCGGUUGAACGCAUGAUCAUGGUGGUAACAUUGUAAGCUACCUAACGUUACCUGAAAGAUAAUUUAAAUCUUCACGUGCUACGAGCUUGUUGAGUAAAUUAGCUCGGUAACCUGGCUUCAGCGACCACCAGGCCACACUUCGAGGAAAGAUGUCUACCAUCCGAUUUGGAUCAACUUGUAGUCCUUCGAAGACUACUCUAGCUGAGACAUUGCCACGCUGGAACGAUGAGGAAGGGGAGAAGGCUGAUCCAGAAGAUGCCUGUGAUCCAAAUAAACUCCUUCAGUGUCCAUACGACAAGAACCAUCAGAUCCGUGCCUGCCGCUUUCCAUACCAUCUGAUCAAGUGCAGCAAAAACCACCCUAAACUGGCCAGUGAAUUAAAAACGUGCCCUUUCAACGCCCGCCACCUGAUGCCCAAGCAUGAGCUUUCACACCACAUUGCUAACUGUGUUGACAGAAUAUCUGUGAAUGCUGAAGACUUGGGCAGCGCUGAGGUGCAGAGCAAAUGGCAGGUACCUGUUAGCACCUGGACGAACACCAACUGUGAUGAGGACUGGGAUAAAGAAGCUGAUAUUUCUUCGGUGCCUUUCGUGUGGGGAGUGUCCACAAACCUGAUCAGUCGGAACAGGACUGAGCCAUGCACUACAAAUAAUCUUACUCCUGGACUCCGAGCUCCAAGAACUCUGCCCUGGAAAAUGUGACUGACAAAGGGCAGAAUGAAUGACAAAAGUUGGAAGUCAAGAGGCUAUCUUGCAGUUAAGUUUUAUAUCAUAGAUGCAUGUUUUAUUAUCUCACUUUGACUUGGACACAUUUGAGAAAUCCCAUUGACUAUUUUGAUUGACUAUAAAUGCAUGCUUUGUAACCUAACCUUAGACAUGGUGAUUGGGGUUUGUGUCCCCUUUUUUGUUAUUAAAAUACUUUUUUGCAGAAGUGUUUCCCUAUACUAACUCUGCAUGUAGGCUGUUAAUGUACUGUAUGUUCCUGAUGCCCUACUGCAGAUGAAUAUAUUCUCACUGUAUUGCACAUAUCAGAUAUCGUCAAGAUGCUCAUUAUGCUGACUGUAAAGUUGAUUUAGCCUCAUAAUGAAUCUUGCUUUGAUCUUU